AUGCCUGACAUUGACUCCACCCCAAAUGUCUCCUCAUGGCCUCGCGAAGAAGAGGACAAGAUACCCCCUCUCCCACCCUUCUACUCUCCCAGGCCAAUUCCCGUCUCCCGCGCCAUCUCCGAACUUGAUCUCAACUCCCUCAACUUAAACAACCGCUCAAUACCCUCUCGUGUCCCAUUCCCAGAUGCAAAUUCCGAAUCCGAACCAGAACCAGAUGCCCCCCUCCCGGACCUUGUAUCCCCCGCCUUCACCCCGCCAUCAACACCCGGGACGUCGACGCCCUCACACCGGUCCGCCGCCCAACAUAUACCUAAAUCUGUUCCGGUCGAUAGCACAGUCGUUAAUGGUGGCUGCGGACAGAAGAAGCCGAAACUAUUAGACAAGCUACCGGAUGUCAAUUGUGUAGUACGGGCGAGGAUACCGACGACCAUAGGUGGGAUGGAGAUGUUUUUACAUUUAUAUCAGAAUAGCGAGGAUAACAAGGAGCAUUUGGCAAUUGUGUUUGGCAAUGGGAUACGUAGUAGGACUCUCGACAAGCCGAGAGAAGGGGAGACGGAGAUGGAUAGGUUGAUUAGAGGGGCAUACACUGGCAGAUUAUAUCCGGGACGGACAGCUUCAAGGAUUCCCGAGAAGGGAAUACCUGCUGCAAACGGGAAGCCAGAAGUGGAUGAGGUGGAAAAGAAGAAAGACCCUCCUUUGGUCCGUAUACAUUCCGAAUGCUACACUGGCGAAACGGUCUGGUCCGCACGCUGCGACUGCGGAGAACAACUAGAUGAAGCUGCGCGACUGAUGUCUCUCCCCGGCUCCGAAGGUGGCAUCAUUAUUUAUCUGCGACAAGAAGGCCGUGGUAUUGGCUUGGGUGAGAAGCUCAAGGCAUAUAAUCUCCAGGAUCUGGGCUCAGAUACAGUUGAAGCGAAUCUAUUACUGCGGCAUCCGGCUGAUGCAAGGAGUUACGGAUUGGCAACCGCAAUGUUGGCAGACCUAGGGCAGACGGAUAUCAGGUUAUUGACCAAUAACCCGGAUAAGGUUCGAGCAGUAGAGGGGCCGAAUAGGGAGAUUGUGGUGAAAGAGCGAGUAGCCAUGAUUCCUUUGGCUUGGAAGGGGAAGGGUGGCGGGAUUAGGAGCCAGGAGGUGGGGGGUUAUUUAAAAACAAAGAUCGAGAAGAUGGGCCACAUGUUACAAAUGGGUGAACAAUCCUGA